CAGGCAUCUAAUUCCUUUGUAAUUCUUGAUUGGGAAAUCCUUUUUUUCAACAUUAAUCUAUCCUUUCAAGCAGAGACAGGGAGGUCAGGAAAGAGCCAGACGGGGCGGUGGGGGUGUGGUUUACUGAGGAAUGUUCCAAGCUUAGGUGAGGCAACAGCACGUGUUUAAAUCUUCUGGAGUCCAAAAGAAAAAAAAAAAAAAGAUGAUAAGUUCUCAGCAGGGGCAGGCCUGCCUACCUGGGGGUUCGGGAACGAACUGGGGGAUAGGCAGGGGUUUAACGUGAAACCAGGAGGUCUAGAAAGUACAGAACUGCUCUCCUCAAGGAAGAACUUGCCCCCUCCCCCAAAGCCCUGAGUGCCCCUGCAGAGCGAGGCAAAGAGCAACUAAAAGAAAUUUCUCCUGAUUGGAGGGUGGGUGGGAUGAGGCUGGGGGAGGGGGCUGGGGUGUGUGUCCCACUGUCAUGUAAAUAUCCCUUCAAGGCAGGGCGGCUCCAGGCAGAUUUAAACCGCUGGCACCUGGGGCUGUCUCAGUGUUCUGCCUGCUUCCGGACGCGCAAGAAGACUUGUGCUCCGGUUCUCGGACUUCCCCAGCAGCAUGGCCCCCAAACGCCAGUCUCCACUCCCGCCUCAAAAGAAGAAACCAAGACCACCUCCUGCUCAGGGACUGGAGGAGACAUCGGCCUCUGCAGGCUUGCCGAAGAAGGGAGAAAAAGAACAGCAAGAAGCAAUUGAACACAUUGAUGAAGUACAAAAUGAAAUAGACAGACUUAAUGAACAAGCCAGUGAGGAGAUUUUGAAAGUAGAACAGAAAUAUAACAAACUCCGCCAACCAUUUUUUCAGAAGAGGUCAGAAUUGAUCGCCAAAAUCCCAAAUUUUUGGGUAACAACAUUUGUCAACCAUCCACAAGUGUCUGCCCUGCUUGGGGAGGAGGACGAAGAGGCACUGCAUUAUUUGACCAGAGUUGAAGUGACAGAAUUUGAAGAUAUUAAAUCAGGUUACAGAAUAGAUUUUUAUUUUGAUGAAAAUCCUUACUUUGAAAAUAAAGUUCUCUCCAAAGAAUUUCAUCUGAAUGAGAGUGGUGAUCCAUCUUCAAAGUCCACCGAAAUCAAAUGGAAAUCUGGAAAGGAUUUGACGAAACGUUCAAGUCAAACGCAGAAUAAAGCCAGCAGGAAGAGGCAGCAUGAGGAACCAGAGAGCUUCUUUACCUGGUUUACUGACCAUUCUGAUGCAGGUGCUGAUGAAUUAGGAGAGGUCAUCAAAGAUGAUAUUUGGCCAAACCCAUUACAAUACUACUUGGUUCCUGAUAUGGAUGAUGAAGAAGGAGAAGGAGAAGAAGAUGAUGAUGAUGAUGAAGAGGAGGAAGGAUUAGAAGAUAUCGAUGAAGAAGGGGAUGAGGAUGAAGGUGAAGAAGAUGAAGAUGAUGAUGAAGGGGAGGAAGGAGAGGAGGAUGAAGGCGAAGAUGACUAAUAGAACACUGAUGGAUUCCAACCUUCCUUUUUUUAAAUUUUCUCCAGUCCCUGGGAGCAAGUUGCAGUCUUUUUUUUUU